AUGGAAAACGUCUGCCGCGAAGACGUCUGCCGCGUCCACACCGCCGAAGACGUCUGCCGCGUCCACGCCGCCGAAGACGACUGCCGCGUCCACGCCGCCGAAGACGUCUGCCGCGUCCACGCCGCCGAAGACGACUGCCGCGUCCACGCCGCCGAAGACGUCUGCCGCGUCCACGCCGCCGAAGACGUCUGCCGCGUCCACGCCGCCGAAGACGUCUGCCGCGUCCACGCCGCCGAAGACGUCUGCCGCUUCCACGCCGCCGAAGACGUCUGCCGCUUCCACGCCGCCGAUGACGUCUGCCGCUUCCACGCCGCCGAUGACGUCUCACCAUGGCGCCAUUACCGUCCGCCUUUCCGACGGCCAAGAUGGUGGCCGUACCUUGGUCGCCCGCCUCGCCGGCCUCAGCGGCAUUCUACUCGCCGCCGCCACCAGACUCGUCCCCGGUGGAUUCGGGGACAUUUGGGCCGGCGACCCACCACCAGUUCACCCCUCCGCCCACCCUUGACUUUUGUUUCUGUGUUUUUGUUUGUGGUACGACCAGUAGGACAUCUGGAAGCUGUCCAUAAGGAGGGGGGUACUGUUACGGCUCAGACUCCUGCCAACGCCUCCCAUCUGUCUGUGCGCUCCAGUGAGCGCACCUCGGGACACGCCCACGAGCGCGCACAUCCAGGAGCGCGCCGUGCGCGUCUCCGCCCCCCGGCAGACGCCAGCUGCAAACGAUCACCGGCUUUCAGCACACCUGCACGUAAUGAAGGACCUGCCUUGAUAAGCUCUCACAACCUGCCAGGCGGCGCCGGAGUAGUAGUCUUUACCCUUCGCUUCCCGUGUUCCCCUGUGAUCCCUUGUUGUUCCCCUUGUUGUUCCCCUUGCCCCCCGGACUGCCUUUUGGAUUCUCGACCUCUCGCUUGGACUUUCUUCUCUGACGCUUUUCUCUCGCCCGGAUCACCUGCCUGUCCCUGGACUUCCUCGUAUCUCAUUCAACACUUUGGUAACACACACUUCAGUUAAAUUACACACAUAGUAUUACUUCACACUCUUGUAUUUUGGUCACA